ACACAAAAUCCUUCCCCAAAAUUUUUAACAGUCUCUAGCAUUUGGAAACAUUUGCAUCAUAGGGGGACAAAUUCACCCACUUUCCAAGAACAAAACUUUGAAAAAUCAAAAUUAGACCUUUUGUUGUUUAUUUAUUGGUAACCCAAAAUUUUAAAUUUAAAUCCACAAAAAUCAAAUUGAAUCAAAAUUAAAAAAUCCCCUGUUUCUUUGUUUCCAGAUCCCUAACUUUUCCUUUUUCCAUCCUUGGGAAAACCAAGCUCUUUUUCAUUCAUCACCAGCUGUUUUGUACCUUUCUUUCCUCCCUGGACCAUCCUAUAUAUACCAUCACCAAACCCAACCUCCUCCUUUCCUUUUCUAUAAAUAACUUCAUUGCGUCAUUUUAUCAAACACCUUUCAUACACUCCAUAAAUCCCAAUCAAUUUUCAAAAUUUCUCCUUUUUAGUUUUUUUCCCCCAAAUUACAACACGAAAAUCACUUCAAAACCCUUAAUUAAUUAUACCCUUUAAUGGGUAAUUCGAAAUUUCAUCAAAAAUAUUUAAUUUUUCUAAUUUUUCUUUUGUUACAGAUAUGCUCUGUUUUCGUCCAAUCAAAACAAAGCAAUCACAGCUCAACUCUUUCUAAUACUGUUAUGUUUGCGCUUAAAGCUCAGCAAAUCCCACCUGGGUCAAUCCGACGGCCAGCAAGUAAGCUUCCUUUUCAUCACAACGUUAGUCUUACAGUCUCUCUCCUAGUUGGCACUCCGCCACAACCUGUAACAAUGGUGUUGGAUACAGGGAGUGAGCUCUGUUGGCUUCACUGUAAAAAAAAUCCGGGUUUAAAUUCCUUAUUUGAUCCUGUUCACUCAACUUCUUAUUCUCGAAUCCCGUGUAGUUCACCCACUUGUAGGGCCCGAACGCGGGAUUUUACUAUUCCCGCGUCAUGUGACCCGAUAAAAUUGUGCCACGUGUUAGUUUCUUAUGCGGACUUCUCCUCGAUGGAGGGAACGCUUGCAAUGGAUAAUUUUAAAAUGGGCGAGUCGUCGAUGCCGGGUGUUUUUUUCGGGUGUAUGGAUCAGGGUUUUAGUAGUAGUUCCGAGACCGAUUCGAGGACUACCGGGUUAUUGGGUAUGAACCGUGGGUCGUUAUCGUUUGUGACACAAAUGAAUUACCCAAAGUUUUCGUAUUGUAUUUCGGGUCAGGACGCUUCGGGUGUGUUGUUAUUUGGAGAGGCUAAUUUUGCUUGGCUUAAGCCAAGAAGUUACACUCCUAUGGUAAAAGUUACUAGCCCUUUACCGUAUUUUGACCGUGUGGCAUACUCGGUACAAUUUGAAGGGAUUAAAGUUGGGGGUAAAUUACUUACUUUACCCAAAUCUAUCCUUCAACCCGAUCACACGGGUGCGGGUCAAACCAUGGUUGACUCAGGUACUCAAUUUACUUUCUUACUUGGACCGGUCUAUACCGCUUUGAAGAAUGAAUUCUUAGCCCAAACUAGAACCACGUUAAAAGAGUUAGGUGACCCAAAUUAUGUGUUUCAAGGCGCGAUGGAUCUAUGUUAUCGAGUACCCUUAACUCAAAAGGGUUACCCGGUUUUACCUACCGUGACACUAAUGUUUCAAGGAGCUGAAAUGAGUGUAUCCGCAGAGCGAUUAUUAUAUCGGGUUCCGGGUGAGGUUAGAGGACCUGAUGGGGUGCAUUGCUUCACAUUUGGUAAUUCGGAUCUACUUGGUGUAGAAGCUUAUAUAAUUGGGCAUCAUCAUCAACAAAAUAUGUGGAUGGAAUUUGAUUUGGUACAAUCAAGGGUAGGGUUAGCAGAGGUUAGGUGUGAUUUGGCCAGUCAGAGACUAGGAUUGGGCCUCUAAAAACAGUAGAUUUUUUGUCUUUUUUUUUUUUUUUUUUUUUUUUUUUUUUUUUAAAUAUACUUUUGUAUGUAAAUGUGAAAAUAAUGUGUUCAAAGCUUAAAGAUAUGGUGUUGGUAGGAGCUUGGUUAAGAGUUUGACCAAACAAGGGUAGCUAAAUAUCUAAAGAUAGGUCCACUUCCUUGAAGGUGAGCCGUGUGAAGUGGUUUUUUGUUGGAUGGUACAUAACUCUCUCUAGGUUUGGCAUUUGCCAACUACAUGUACAUCUUUAUGUACAUUUUAAGUUUUUACUUGUAUAUAACAAAUUUGAAUGGUUAAAAGUUCUUCAUAUCUUUAUAUGGAGUACUUUCUAAGUUUUUA